UAGCGGCCGGCCGGCCGGCACGGCAUACAUCCACCGGAGAAAAAGUUAGCCCAUAUUAUUGAUACGGGUUGGUAACAACUAUCGAAAUAUUCGAUGGGCGAUUAAGGAAACAAAAUAGAAGAAUAAAAGUCCACCCAAAAAAAUAUUAAAAACAAGAAGGAAACAAAAUCGGGAACGAACGCGGAAGGUUUUCAAAUGAAAGACGUACCUACGUUACGUAGAAUGAAGGGCUUCUCUUUUCUUUGGUUAUUUAUUUGUUUUCAGCAUUUCUAUUCGGCAGUCGGCAGAUGCCUUGCAUGGCUUCAUACUUAUAUAGUCAACUGAAAUAUUUACUAAAAUUAGAUGACUCUUUCUUACAAUUUCUGCAUAUAGCUCCGCUGAAGCCACAAGAUCGAAGAUAACGUACGUUCCAACUGAAAUGCGGGUUGCAAUUCCUUACAUCGUGGCUGCCAUCGAUCUAAUUCUCUGUGCGGCGGCUGUGGCUCCGGCCGUCGGGGAGCAGUACUGCGGCGGCGGUCAGUUAAUGGCCGAUAGUAAUGCAACGUGCGCUAGUGGAUAUUGUUGUAGCAAAGACGGCGUUUGUGGGGUUACGGCGGAGCACUGCGGCGUGGGUUGCCAAAGCAACUGCAAUAUUUACUCCUCCUCCAUCGCCGCCGCGACGGCGGCAGAGGCCCCGGCGGUGACCUACCUCACGGAUGCGGAUGAUGAGACUAAUUACGGCACUCCUAGGUCAAGCAUUGUUCCUUCUACGCGGGGCUUCGCCUUUGACUCGAGGGUUUUGUUUUGGUGUUUAGUUCUUUUGGUCUCCAUUGGGAUUCUAUCAGGUUUCCUAUAUCUCAACGUCGCCAAGAGAUUUUCUUUCCGAUGAUACUAUAGGCUAGUUAACGUAAAAUCGAGGAAAGAAAACUUGAGCGUUUGGGCUCAUGUUAUAGCAUUGUUACUUCUUUUUAGGACGUUGACUCUUGAAAGUGCGUUUGUUUUGUUUUCGCAGCGGAAAAACUCGUGUUGAAUUGAAUUAAAUGCGUAUUGAUGUUUUUGGCUAACGAUUAAUAAAACACGACUUGUAUCUUUUCAAACAUAAUUCGAAUGAGAGUGUGAUCAAUGGUUUUCGGAAAUGAAACUAAAUUAAGUUACUCCUAUUUGGAGGUUCAACGAGAGUUCCAAAUUAUGACUAUGAGUACAUUUGCAGAGAAAAAUAGUAAUACUUGACAUAGAUGUCAGUUGUAUGGUUUUGGGAACCCUUGUCCUUGUCGAUCCCUUCUCCUAUUCAUAGCAACGAGAAGGUAACCAUCGUAAAAAACUUGCUAUUAGAUAACUUCCAAAAUUAGAAUUGCUCCCAUCUUCCUCAUAUGUGCCUCACGUGUCCUUGAACAUGGGAUGAUUAGCAGUUUCUCUCUCAAUCGCCUAUGUGCCUUUUCCGGAAGCAUCCCGACUCUUGGAGUGUAGUUUGCUUUGCUUAGUCUUGUUCCAAAUAUUGUGUCCGUGUGGUUUCUUGUCAUGCUAUUUUUAUGAUAAGCUUAUGGUCGCCUACUCGCAAGUCGCAACCGAGUAGUCAUGAUGUAUGAUCUGAAAGCAUGACUUCUUAGAACUUAGUAUAUUUUGCAUACGACCCUCGUGGCUAUGAGAAUUGAUCUCAUGACCAUUCUCAAGACAUGGUGUACUUUUCUUCCUUGAUACGUGGCUUGAGAACCAUGGUUCAUUAUUCUAUGGCAUUGACUCUCGAGAGGACAGUGUCUCUUUUGACUCAUGCUCAUGCUCACAAAAAAUUUUAGUGUCUUCCGUUUAAAAGUCAAGACCAAUGAGGUCCAGUUUAAAUAAAAUUAAUUGUUAUAAUUAAUAUGUCCUUGUAAGAGUAUUAAUCACAUUGUAAAUUAUUAUCAAUAUGGUAUAAGAUCAUUUUUUGGUGUACACAAAAAAUCCAAAUUAAGAAUAUAAUAUUUUUUUGUAUAAAAUAAAAAUCGAUGGAAUGUUGAGAUUUAAAUAUAUUUAAUUAAUAAUGAAUAAGCUAUCUGAUAAGUUGUAGAGUUCAGCGCAAAACUUCUUUUAAUAUUAUAUAUCUUCACUGAACAUCUAAAAAAAGUCAAUUGUUCUUUUUUUUGUUUCCCUUGAAUAAAGUCAAUUAUUCAUGAGACAGAAAAGGUAAGAAUUUGUGGGGAAAUAGAAAGGUUGCCGGACAGCGGGCUACAUGGACAAGAAAGCUCAUGAGUCAUGACUUAGGUAACUUCAUAUUGUUUUGACGCUCCCGCUUUGGUGCGUGAAAACGCGAAUUAUAUUGAAGUCGGGUAAAAUUCACGAAUUUUAUUUUCGCGGAGCACGAAUUUCCCAGAGACUCUUCGAUUCGCCUACCCAAGCAGGAUGCUUGAUUCUCCAAGGCCUUUCGACACUUACUCUCUUGUCGCUGUCCGACAUGCACCGCUCUGUUCUUCAUGGUUUCACUCUUUUUGUUCAUUGUAGUUGUUGUCGACCAGAUGUAUCAGCAGACACGAGGCUUGAAAUUCUUUAAUUCCAUUGAGGACUCCAAACCAAGCUCCAUCGUCAAACUUCACGGGGAUCUUUGAGUGACUGUCGGCCGCUUGUGAUUGGGAAUUUUCUGAAGUAAAAAAGUACAGGCUAGGCGAUGAGUUAUUGGUGGUUGGGGCUGUGGGUACUGAGCUAUAGAGGAGAAGAAUUGAAGGGUAAAAUAUGGGGGUAGUCGAGGUUAUGGUGUUAAAGAGGAGUCGACCGUCGACCGACUGGAGAGAAAGUCACGGACUCACAGUGAGGGGUUUGGUGACAGACAGAGAAUGGACGAUGAGAAUCCCUAAAUAAGGAUACUUAUUAUUA